AUGUCUACGUUCAAGCCUCAGCAUAUCAGUUUUGCAGACGGUGUGGAGCGUAUCGAUGAGGCACUGGCGAAGGUCGGAUACAAGAAAAAUUCGCGGAUCCUGACAUCGAGGGACAAGGAGGCUGUAGCAUUAUGCAACCUCCUCGGCGUCCCACGCGAACAACUUCCCGCAGGUUUCACGAAGUGGCAGUUGCCCUUCUACCUGGACGGCGGCCAGUUUUUCAUCACCUCUACGGCGCCAAACGCGGAAGUCGAUGAACACUCGCACGAUAAUGACGGCGUCCGCUUCAUCAUGUCCGGUUCAGUCUACUAUGAUGGUAUCGAGCUUAACGCGGGAGACUGGAUGUAUAUCCCAAAGGAGAAGCGCUAUUCCCUCCAAGUUGGGCCGCUCGGAGCAAGCAUGUGCUACUGCUAUGCUUGCUGCUGCGCAGGUCGCGAGUUGAACAAGAGCGACGUGAUUAACCCUGAGUCGUUCGUGCGUGGUCGCAAUUCCUUGCAGUAA